AUGAACCGCGCGCUAUCCAUCCGGUCCCGCAAGAAGGAUGACCAUUCCAAAACUGCCUCAAAACAUACCUUCUCCAUAUCUACCCUGAGAGGAAUUCCUCAAGCCGAGCUCUCCAAGAAGCUAUUCAAGAUCAUCAAGACCGAGAACCAUGCCAUCAAUGCCUAUGAGACCGCUGGCCGUGAGCGCUUGUCCAUUGCCUCGCAGCUGUCGGACUGGGGCGAGUCUACCAACGAUGACUCUGUCUCUGAUGUCUCGGAUAAAAUCGGUGUCAUUCUCUCCGAGAUAGGCGAGCAGGAAGAUCUAUUUGUCCAGAAUCUCGAGGACUAUCGGGCUAUCUUGAAGCAAAUCAGAAACAUCGAGGCCAGUGUCCAACCCAGCCGAGACCAGAAGGCUAAGAUUAGUGAUGAGAUCCAGAAACUCAAGUACAAGGAGCCAUCGAGCCCCAAGCUGGUCACUCUAGAGCAGGAACUCGUCCGAGCCGAGGCACAGAACCUGGUUGCUGAAGCACAGUUGACAAACAUUACUCGCCAAAAGGUCAAAGAAGCAUACGAUGUGCAUUUCGCCGCAACCAUUGAGAGAGCCGAAAAACAGAUCAUUCUGGCCAAGCACGGACGACGCAUUCUGAACCUGCUCGACGAUACACCUGUGGUUCCGGGCGAUGUGCGCCAACCUUUCGCCCAGGCGAGCGAUGCAAGGCAGAUCCUUGCCGACGCCGAACAAGAACUACAAAUGUGGCAACCAAACCUGGAGCCCGUCCACUCGAAUGCAGGUGGUCUAGGUUCGAAUCUGAUGCCGACUGAGCGGGAGCGGGAUAGCACACGAGCUACAUCAGAAGCCGACACUGCUGAACCAUCGAUCUCAAGCCCGACGGCCGAAACGGCAUCGGCUGAGCCUCAGGGUCAAGGAGCACGUCUUGAGCAGGCCACCGCUUAG